AUGAUGAAUCUGGCUGCAACCAAAGAUCUGGUCGCGACAUAUGGCUACAUGGAUGGUGAGCAUGCUUUCUCCGCAGCCAUCGUUCUUGUGAUGGUCUGUGUUGCUUUCCCUGCCAGCAGAUCAGAGUUCAUGGCUAUGGACCAGGCACUUGAACUUCUUCGAGGCAUGGCUGAAAGAGGCAAUACACACAUCGCUGGGAGGCAUCAGUUGCUCUUGCACUUGCGCUCUCUCAUCUCGUUGCCAUCUACCAAUGUCGCUUCCACACCACCAACCGCGACGAUACCUCAACCGAACACGACGUUCGUCGAUGUCAACCAGAUGCUAGCAUAUGAUGCUGGCAAUGUAGACUUUGGGUUGUGGGAAGAAGGCUACACGAAUCCGGAUCUCGACAUUGACUUCCAGGACUUGACACAAUGGACGCAGGCGGCACAAAACACCUACGGUAUAGGAUCACUUUGA